AUGGACUACCUUGUCAUUCGUUUCGCCUGUGAAGGUGAUCGGGAGGCCGCGUUGAUGAAUGGCCCAUGGAUGGUGGCUGGACAACUCUUUGUGAUGGAACAAUGGCGUCCAAAUUUUUUCCCCAGCUCCGGUGAGGUGGGUAGAGUGGUGGUUUGGCUGCGACUUCCUCACCUGCCAUUGGAAUACUGGGAGAAGUCUACUAUUCUGCAGAUUGCCAGCAAGGCCGGCAAACCUCUGGCGUUAGAUAACUUUACUGAUCAGGGCAAGAGACUUGGAUUCGCCAGGGAUAAGAUUGAAGUAGAUUUCAAAUCCCCUGUCAGGCCGGGGAUAUUCGUGAAGGGUCGCACGGAGGGAUCCAAGGAGAAAUUCUGGCAGGUUUUCAUUUAUGAAAACUUGUCGGCCUUCUGCUGUAGAUGUGGUCGGAUCGGCCAUGUUGAAGCGGCAUGCAUUUCCUCCUCCCCGGCGGCGGUGAUGGCGGAAACAGUGGAGGUCCGAAAAGAAGGAGCAAAUGGAGCAGGGAAGAGCCCAUCCGGGGUCACCGGGAAGAAGCCGAGGGAAGAAGGCGAUCGAGUCCGGUCCGGGCCCUAA